CGUCGGAAUUGUGGGUAAUCUUUCAACGUGUAGGAAUUUCGUCGAAAUAUUGCCUAAACAGGCAGAAAUAUUCGCUUUUCAGAGACCUUGUUGGUAAAGUAACAAAUUAGCAAUGGAGUGUCCACGAUGACCAGCAAGUGAUGUAGUAGUUUUCCUUGAAGUAUUAUAAAAGUAGCAUUCCUGGUGCUGUACUCGACAAUUGGAUUGUAAACCAGCUUGGGUUUGAUAGAAGUUUAUUUCGUGUUCACAAGCAGGAUACCUCUUAGCAUCACAAUGGUUCUUUCACAGAGACAGAGAGAGGAGCUUAACAAGGCUAUCGCCGACUAUCUGGGUCAGAAUGGUUUCUACACUGCUUUGGAAGAGUUCAAGAAGGAGGCGGAAAUGCCUGAAGACAUAGAGAAGAAAUACAGUGGUUUAUUAGAGAAGAAAUGGACAUCAGUGAUAAGAUUGCAGAAAAAGGUGAUGGACCUGGAGGCCAAACUAUCAGAGGCCGAGAAGGAAAUCACCUCUGGCGGACCCACACGCAAAGAUCGAAAUGCUGCCGAUUGGAUUCCACGUCCACCAGCCAAGUUUGAAUUGAAGAGACAUAGGAGCCCGAUUACUAGAGUUAUAUUUCACCCACAUUAUAAUUACAUGGUAUCAUGCAGCGAAGACGCUUCAAUUAUGAUCUGGGAUUAUGAAUGCGGCGAAUAUGUCAAGAGUCUGAAAGGUCACACGGAUUCGGUUCAAGAUAUAGCCUUUGAUCAUACUGGCAAAAUACUUGCCUCUUGUUCAGCAGAUUUGACAGUAAAACUAUGGGAUUUUCAAGAUAACGUAUGGACUUGUAUGAAGACACUCCACGGGCAUGAUCACAAUGUAUCGAGUGUAUGUUUCUUACCUAGCGGAGAUUUCUUAGUAUCAGCAUCUAGGGAUAAAACUAUAAAGAUGUGGGAAGUCAACACUGGAUUCAAUACCCGCACAUAUACAGGUCAUAGAGAUUGGGUUCGAAUGGUACGGGUUAACCCUGAUGGGUCCUUACUGGCUUCCUGUUCGAAUGAUCAGACUGUUCGAGUGUGGGUGACUGCCACUCGUGAGUGCAAGGUGGAAUUGCGCGAGCAUGAACACGUGGUCGAAUGCAUUGCCUGGGCUCCGCAAUCUGCUCGACAGGCUAUCAAUGAAGCUGCUGGGAAUGAGGAUAAGCGAGGGACUUCAAGUGAAGGCCCAUUCCUGAUCUCUGGUUCAAGAGACAAGACAAUUAAAGUCUGGGACGUUGGCGUCCACACAUGCUUAUUCACAUUGAUUGGUCAUGACAACUGGGUGCGUGGCCUGCUGUUCCACCCCCAGGGUAAAUACAUCAUUAGCGUUUCUGACGACAAGACGCUACGAACAUGGGAUAUCUCAAACAAGAGGAACAUGAAAACGCUGGAUGCGCACUUGCACUUUGUUACUUCAUUAGAUUUCCAUAGAAGUGCUCCCUUUGUGAUAACAGGGAGUGUUGACCAAUUUCUGAAAGUCUGGGAAUGCCGCUAGUGACAGAAAGGAAACAUAGUAGGAUGAUAUGGACGACCAGUGUAGUAUGCUUCUGUGAUGGCGGUCAAGCUUCCAUGUAUAUGCAGCUGUGUAACAUCUAUAUACGCCCUAUGUAUACCUAUAUAUCCCGCUUAACAAGAUGGAGAAAUGCUCUAUAUGGACGGGAAAAGAUGUUGUGGACAGCAGGAUCUGUAGUUGACGAAAAUAGGCGUCUGUGUCACAUGAGGAUAGAUGGUCAUGUGGAGAGUUGUUUUCCAGCACUUGAUUCACCGUCUGGUGCAGAUGUCAUUGCUUCAUGUACUACUGCAGAUCAACAAGUUUGGCUUGGUGUUUAUUUGGUGUUUCUCCAGAGUCUUGAGUUUCGUCGGAGUUCGCCGUGUACUUCACCAGAGAUACCUACUGCCUGAAGGUUGGAUACGUUGGUGCUUUAGACUGCUCUCAUCAGGUUGCCUGGACAACUAGUGGCUUCCCAGUGCAUGGCAUACCCACUCGCUAGUCGAGGCGGUUCAUUAAUGAAUGAGCUAUUUUCAUAGAAGAAAGUGAUUCGGAGUUCAGGACUGACGUCAGUUGAGGAUUGAUGUACAAUUCGAACUAUUUAAUCAUCUGUAAGCCUCUCUGUAAUGUGCCACUUUCUGUACUACUGCUUCGGUGGGUAGUAUGUUACUUUCUUCUAGAAUUUUUUGUUGCCUCUUUCGAGAGUUGGCUUCAGUAUUACGUGUUCCAUAUAGCAGCAAGUACUGUCGUUGGUCCUACAGUGUGUAGAAUGUGUAUGGCAGAGCUUAUUAGACUUUCGGUGAUGGAUUUGCCUCAAGUCGGUCCUCUGUAAGUUUUUGUGACAUUUCUGGAAGAAUUACCCACAUAAGUCAAGUAAGAGAUUCACGAGAAUGACUGAGGCUAAUUAGGUGAGCGUUGCAUGCGGGAUGGGUUCCUGUUCUGACGACCAGGAACCAGAGAUCUGAACGGUAUAUAACCUACAUGUUGUGAAUUGUUAAUGUAUUUAUCGAGCUGUGACUGUGAGACUGCUACACUGGUCUGGUGUAACCGACCGCUUAGAACAAAAGAGUCACACGGUGCAUCAAAAUUGUCUCGCGUUGUGAUUGGCUUACGUGCACCAACAAUUACGUGUACAUGUCUUCAUGUGUACCUAAUCAAGCUUCCUGCCUAUGAAGGCCGGUUAUUGUAACCUCGGUGGGCUGUUGGUGUUAUUUGCUCAAACAAUUCAGGGAGUUUCUUUAGAUUCAUUGGAACAAAUCUCUUGCCUCUAGUGGUUGCAGAAUAAAUGGGUUUGUGGGUCGAUCCGAAUCAGAUAAGAUCAUUCACGGUCUGUUAUAACUGCAAUGUUUCUGUGUCACUAGUUCAUGGGGAGACGACUUGUGAUCCUAUCAAGGUGAGAGGUUGAUGGUGCUCAAAUUCUCCAGCUUCAAAAUCACCGUUGGGAAUCUUUAGAUGGCAUGUUGCAGUGCAUGACCUGUGACCGUGUCGUGAUGAUUCUUGGAUGUGAGGUGGAUCGUUUCAGCAAAUAGCACAUCCAGUACUACACCUGGCAUAGCCUCAUGGUCAUAUAGUGUCCCAAGUGAGCUUUAGCAGAAUUGUUUUGGGGGCAUAUUGUAUGAAAGAGUAAUUCUGGUAGACUCUAGAUCUAGCAAACUGACUCUUCUGAUCAUCUUGCAUGUUGACUGCCAGUGCAUAAAUCAUUAUUAUUUCCUACAUGUCAUAUAUCGCAUAAUGAUCUAACAUGAUCACAAAGUUCAUUACACAUAUAUAGAAAACAAGUGUAAAGGACUGUGGCGUAAAGUAAUGUUAUUUAUUGAAUGUUAAUGCAUGGCCUUUAAUCAGAUUAAAAAUUCUAUGUCGCAGCACUUUGCCUCGCAUUGAUCCUCAUCCUGUGCUAAUGUCGUAAUUCGGCAGAGCUUGGGGUAAAGUGUUUCACCACGAGUAGGAGUAAAACUUGUAAGAGGGCUGUACAUCAUCCUGGUACCUCUGUACAUCUUCUUGGCUUUGGUUCAUGUGAAAUUGCUUGAAUAAUGUAGAGAUUACAAAAGAUUGAUCUAAGUCCCAAUGUUAGUAAGCUGUGUUGCUCUGUGAAAUUGAUGUAUACUAAUAAAAGGCUGUCAUGUCUAUGUGCUAAAAUUUGAAAAUAUCCGAUAUGGACCAGCGUUUCUGCUCUUUCGAUCCUGCUUUGAAGGCGUUGUUCCAUGCACUUGGGUUAGAUAAGUGUGCUUAUUAUAAGCACUGCUUUUCCUGUAAUGUCCUGGCUUUGAAAUUAAAUCGAGGUUACUUUCUCUUGCCAAGACUGUUGAAACUGGUUUUAAAUAAAAAUGUUGUAAAAACUUGUACAGCGUGGCAAGUGCCAUGAGGUUGCUCCCAGUGUUGAGAACCUGUUACUUUCUUUAUUCCCUAAAUAAUAAUUGCCUGGUGGAGAUGUUUUCUGUUACUAAAAAGGUGAAGGCUUGCCGCUUCCUCGGUCAUACCUGUCCCUGGCCAGAAGGACAAUGUCAAUUCGUACUUGUAAAGGGUUACAUGAGAAUGUUUCAGUUACUGCACAUGGACAAUUUGAUGUGAACUAAAAUGAACCAAGUCCAAAUGUAUGAAAAAUUGCAUCAGAAGGUUGCAUUUAAAAAGCAUCUAAACUGUCAUCUGUGGUAAAAGCUAUUUCUCUCUAUGGCAAAGAUCUAUUAGUGACCUCAGAUCGUGGCCAGUGAUAACUUUGUCGAUGAUUAUGAUAACCAAUGAUAUUGAUCUUAAUUUCAAACUCUACGUAAGAGCUCGGCAGCUGAUAAAAGAGAAUUUUUGAAUUAAAAAAAUCCUUUUAAGUAAACUAGUAGGAAAUUACUUUCAAUUGAUGGGGAAUAUAUUUGUGUGUGCAGUAAUACUUCUGAAGCAUACCAUCCCAAGUUCUGAAUUGCUGUUAGUCCUUAUUGGUGUAGAAAGCUUUAUCAGUGCGCAAUGUAAAUUCCAGUAAAUACUGUUGGUGUUUUACAGGCUGUACAUACAGAUACACACUAAUUUUGUCUAUCAUGACAUUAAGAUUCUUUUUUGCACAACUUGUGUCCUUGUAUGAUGACCUGUGCUCAUUAUAAAUAACAAGUCUCAGUCACAAUGGUAUGUAUUUAUUGGUGUGCAAUCGUUUGAAGCCCCCUGGUGACCCAGUUGACUUCACUAUUAUCAGUUAGUCAUCUUGGGCUGAACCCAUGCUUAAACAAACCUGAACCCCAUGCUUAACUGAUGUGUGUAACUCGACCAUGUUGAAUUGAGCGUUACCUCGAUGUUCAAAUCCGUCACCAGGGUGCACCACAAGUCACUGUUCUGUGCUUGAUGAUUGCGAUUAGGCAUACAUGUAUAUGAUACAAUAUAUAGAUUAAUGUAGUGGUCCAAAAUUUGUUUGGCUCUCCUCGUUGGAGUAUUAUUGUAUGGCAUUUUGGACUUUUCGCUAGUUGUAAUCCAGUAUUGUUUGCAGAGAACUACCGUAAAUCACAUUUUGUUAGCUGGCCACGGUAUUGUACAUGUACAGUGGAACCUCCCUUAGCGGACACCUCUCUAUAAAGGACAGCCCCUCUUCUAAGGACACUAGUUUUGGUCCCAAAUUGGUUGUUGGCAUUCAAUUUGACCUCUCUAAUCAGGGCACCUCUCUAUUGAGGACAGCAAUUAUCAGUCCCGAGGGUAUCCUUAUUAGAGAGGUUCUACUGGAUGUGAACCAUCAAAUUUUGAAAUCUGAUUAGCUUUGGCAUUUGGUAAAAUUUAAACCAAUUGUGUGGGAGUGUGACAUUUCAAAUUGGUGUUCUUGACAGCAAUCAUGGCUGCUAGCAAAAUUUGGUCGAUAUUGCGUCUAAUCAUUUACUCAGAAUGUACAAGUAUCGGGUGCCACUGACUGGGUUGGCUUGGGAGCAGAACCAUGUGGUCAUGAAGUGUCCUGUGGCAUGCUUUGUAUAAUAGUACAAUGAAUUGUGAUAGUUUUGAUUAAUAAUCUCGAAUUUUAAACCAAUAUGCUGCUUCUCACUAAAAGUUGUAUUGGACUUUGUAUAGAGCUUGAGCUGUGUUUGAAAAUGUAAUGCAGAAUUUGUCUGACUUCCACUUUGCAUUAUUUUUUGUAUAUUUUAUUUGUUAUGUUUUAAUUGAAACAGUAACAACAGGUGUUUUUUUCUGAGUUGUGUACAUGAAUAAGGAUGGAAGUGGGACCACUGCUUUCAACCAGACUCUGACUGAGAAAGUCCAUCUAGCUAUAGUUUAAGGCUCUAAAGUGCCAUUGUGUUGAGUACAAUCUUUAAGAAAAAGUUCAAAUGCUGACUCUAUCACAAUAAAAUACAGAAAUUAUGAAAAUGUAAUAAAAGGAUGUUACCAUACAUUUGGUGUUUGGAUGUUCUAAGUAGUAUUUCUGUUGAAAGUCUGUUUAAAGUUCUGUUGAGAGCAGUGGUUCCGUUCUGUCAUGAUCUUUGUAUCCGUCAUAAGAAUGUCACCUCCCUUGCUUUCUGCCUAUCCCUUCCUGAUUGUUCUGUUCAGGUGGGCUCAGAAGUUGUUUCUCAUGUCAAACAUGUGUUAAGUAAUCCCAGUGGAAAGACAUUUUGUUCUUGGUUAAAGGAGCAUUAGAUGACACCAAAGACUCUUUGAUAGUUUCAAAAAAUGAAACGAUUCAUCAAAUAAGUGCUGUAAGUGUAAUCCAGUUUUGGUUUUGGAGGGGGGUUGAAUAUUGCAUUGUUCAGAAAAUUGACAAAUGCAAGCAACACGCUUAUGCCAAACAGGCUUUACAUGUAAUUGGGAUUGAAAUAUCGUGAUAUGGUUGGUCUCCAGAAUCAAAUAAGAUACACCAUCAGGUUCUUUUGAUUGAAUUCGAUGCGAGGCAAAUGACUGGAGCUGUAACAUAUAAUGUCGCCUUCCCAAAGACAUCAAUGAGAUGCUGUAGGAUCUAGGCCUGUAAUAUUCACUCUAAUCAUCUUAUCAUAGUUUGCACCUGUAAGAUAUGAAUUUAUUCACUUAUUGCCAUGUUCUGUUAAAAAUCAAAUUUAUGUCUCGAUAGAUGUUUGUACAUAAUUCACUCGCAUUCUCUCUUCAGUUCAACUAUGUGGCACCAUUCUGUUCAUAGUUAUCAGUUUUUAUGACGGUUAUACAAAAAGGGCUUUGAAACUAUAUAAUCCUUUACCUGACAAAUCAUAAACAUGGUAAUUAGCUGGUGCCUGAAGUUAAAUUCGAGAACACAGAUAUAUACAAGGUCUGUUUUGAUUGUUUGUUUCAAACCUGCGCCUUUGGUUUCAAUGAAUAUUGCCAGACAUCAAUUGAAUAAUUAAUAUUUGUUGAUAUGAGUAGCCAUAAUUUCAUGCUGCCUGUUCAUUGCCAAAAGGACUGCAUGCCGGUCUCCUAACUUUAAAUGGAGAGCAUGUAUUGUCUUCUCUGUAAAACCCAUGCUGUGUUUUUGACAAUGAAUAGACAGCAAUUUACAAGGAUUGUUGUUUUCGUACAACAACAUUUUUCGUGACGUUUGGGUGACCCGGGAUCGGUAUCACUUGAUACUGCUCCUUUGAGGACUUUGAAUCAACACCACCGCCGGCAGAAACUGCAACAAAAUUUCCAGAUGUUUGUAUCUGGUCACACGUGCACGUUUGACCACCAUACCCAACUUGUCUUAUUUCCACCAUAUUCGUUUUGGUUUUGGAAGAUAUCUCAAAUAUAGGACAGUACUGUGCCGAAGAGUUUGGUAUUAGUGUGUGUUAUUUUACAAGAGAUUACACCGGAGAGUCUGACCGUGAAUUGACCCGAAAGAUGAUUUUAAAUGAUUGGUGCAUUUAUGCUGAAACUUGGCACAGGUACCGGGUGGCUACGGAUGGUGACUUCCUGUGGUGGUGAUUCAUGGGCAUGAGGAACCCCACACAGACUCUGUAAAUUUUUGUCCCAGCUUUUGGUGACGGCGGCGCCGAUUCAAAUUCCCCAAAGGAAUUAACUAGGAUCGGAGGCAGAGGAUAAGCUUACUUGUACCUGGUGACAUAACUUAUCAAUAUUAAUGCACUGUGCUUAGUUAGAAUGGUAGUUUUGUAUAUAGAAUUGGAAUAUGUAGCCAAUGAAACGCAUUGAUAUUAUAAUUUAUUACUAUCCAUCAGUCUCGGACAUUCUGAGGAAAACUCUAAUUAGAACCAUUGACAGAAUCCUCAGGAUGCUAAUAAUCAGGCUUGGGCUGUUGAAACUCAUACUGAUAAUGCAGUACUCUUUUUGAAUUCCUCACUUUAUCUGGUCUGGAUGGUUACAUACCAGUAGUGUUAGGCUUUACUGUAUAUCUGGGCCCUGUGGUACUGCUCCUGCAUUUCAAUCGAAGUCAGUAAAUGAAACUUAGAUUGAUAUUUAAAAAUAUGUAAUUAAACAUAAUGUCAUUAUGGACAAGAAUCGGCCAUACACUAUAAAUUAUUUGGUUCCAGGGAAGUAGUCAUAAAAUUUAUUUGGGAGUUCUUAUUCCAGGCUACCAACGUUCUCCGUAAACUGAUGCAGAAUGUUGUUGACUCUUAAUAAUUGAAUAAAGAAAUUGUAGUUCAACCAUAUUUACACAGAACGCGUCUUGAUAUUUCUAAUGGCCCUUGACACUAGAAGACUAACACGUCCGUGUGCCUAUGAAUCAGUGUUUUUUAGCCAGUCUUCAUUCAAAAAAGUGGCAUUGUGUACUACAGUAGUGGGUCAAGCUGCUAGGCUUCGCACACUCACACUGCUCUGGACGAACUAGUUUUGUCAGUCGUGAGGCAAAGGGUGGAAUUUCAAGUGAAUGGAGUGGUUAGAUUGGACUUUUUCAAUGCCAGAAUUUGCAAGUAACUCUAUUCCCAAAAUUUCAUUCACCGAUUAAGACUCUUCAUGCUCAGAUGAACUCCACCGGUACGCACUUCCGGCUCCCUCCAAGGGAUAUACUCGUACCAGAAACAAAAGUUUUCCUGGGCCUGGCUCUAUACCUCCUUAAUAGCCUUUUAUCUCUCAGUGAAUUUAUUGACUUCUUCUCUAUGACACAACUGAGUUAGAUUAUAUUAUGAUUUGCCUGAUGCACCUCAUGAUCGUAAUUAGUAAGCAUUUCUGAUAUGAUUUAUUGAGUGUGGGAAUUGUUAUUUCUUGUGACCUUGGUUCAGUAUCGGUUUCAAUCUAGCAGUGCUUGUACAUUUCAUAAUCAUUGCUGUCUCGGCAACCAGGUUGACCAGUUGAUUUCAAGUGGAGCAUUAUCAACCCUUUCAGGUCUGGCAUCGGGUUAUUCGAUGUAUCAUAAACAUGAUGAUUUACUCAAAUUUGAAGACGGUAAAGAUUUUUUACAGCGUUGCUUGAAAUCAUUCCUUAACAUAUGUUGAAAGCAAGUCUGGAUUAAAAGAAUGGAUUCUCCUUCAGCGGACACCUCUGUCCCUAGGACACUCUAUAUAGUCCUGAAUGGGUUGUUUCUUUUCAAUUUCACAUCGGGACACUGUCCUAUUUGGGACAGCAUUUGUCAGUCCCAGUGGAGGCCAUUGAUAAAGAUGUUCUGCUUCAUGUUUUCUUCAGUGACGCAAUACUCUUGAGGCCUCCCUAAUCUUAGGUGUACCGUGAUGGGGACAUAUUGUCAGGACUUGAUAGGGUUGAUGGAGGCCUGAUUGUUAGCUAGAUAUAUGGAAAAUAAAUGGGUUUUCAAUUGUGAAA